AUGAGCGUGUUUACUGGCAAGACGAAUGAAAUCACAGAGCGCGUGGAGCUUCAUGUGUUUUAUGUACCCGAUGAUCAGUUUGAUCGGAGGUUGAAUAAAGUGUCAGCUGAUGCUGUGGACACUUUCAUAUCAGCUGGAUUCAUCAGAGUUGAUUCAGAUGUGAGUUUAUCUGAUCUCAGAUCUGAUCUCGGAUCAUUCCUCGGGCUUGACAGGAUCACUGAUAAAUAUGUGUUUUUAAAAUGUGUUGGCAGAAGUUUGGCUCUGGUUAAAUUCAGACAAGAGGGAGAACUGACAGUGAAAUCAUUCACUCCACCAUUUGCUCCUUUUCCAGAGCUUUACAUUUUACCACUGUGUGAAAAUGAUAGUGGCCUCUGUUCCAAUUCACUCACUCCUUACACUUUAAUAAGCAAUGCUGACCCUCACAAUCAUGAUUUACCCAGACCAACAUCUGCAUCAGGUAUGAUGAAAGAGCCCGUUAAAUUCCCCUCAAUCAAUAAAGGACCUCAGCAGUCUGUCCUAAUGGAUGGGGCAGAGGAGGAGAAUGAUGAAGGUACAGCAUCCAUAGAAACUCAUCAUCUGACAUGCAGUUCACAAGAUCAGAUGGAGCCCGUAAGCAAACAGCCUGAAAGACAUGUGAAGCAGGAAGGCCUUUCUCAAGUGAAAAUUGAUACAAUUAUGAAAAAGAAACACUGUUUAAAAACACAAGACAGAAAUUCUGGAGCUCAAAAGUCAUUUGGGGAUUCUCCAGCACUGGCAAGGAAAUUCAAUAGCUCUCUGACACUGAAAUCGAGUGGAGAAAAUACAGAUGAUGUGGUUUUUGUGAGUAGACCAAACUCUCCACUCCCAGCAGCAUCUAGUUCUUCACUGUCUGCCUACUCCCUGCCACUUUAUACACAACAAACCACCACUAGUAAGACAGCAAUAUUGUUGGAUGAAAUCAAGCUACUCAAAAAACAGAGAAAAGAGCUUGAACAAACAAGACGAGAGCUUCUGAAAAAGGGCAGAGAGCUUUUAGCUCUUAACAGACACCGCAGGAACCAAGCACGGGACCGGUGGAAGAGGAAAUAUUUUGACACUAAAAAGGCAACAGCACUACUGGAAGACACACUUAAGAGUGCGCGUCUGGAACUUCACACCUUCUAUUGUAAAAUGCUACAACAACUCCAAGCUCGAGAUGGUGCAAAACGACAAAGUAUGGCAGGAAAACCAUCCAGCACAAAGAUAAAGAAUGAGCUCAUUAUCCAGAUUAUGACGGAGAGCUGUGAAAUCGAUAAUCUGAGAAAAAAUGUGGAUGAUGCUAAAAUGAAACUGGCCACAGAGAUCAAGUUGAGAAAACAAGCAUCAACGGAGCUACGAGCCCUGAAAGCAGAACUGAUGCAGAAGAGAUCUCAGUUAUAA